UCCCUUUCUGGGUGGCAGCUCCAGCAGGCACAUGUGUUUCUCUGUAUUUACAAAAGAUUUUACGAAAACAAUCCAAUAAUGGUUAAGGGCAAGAAACCGUACAUUGACCGCAAGAAGGCGGUCACCUUCCAUUUGGUGCACCGCAGUCAACACGAUCCCCUGGUGACCGAUGAAAAUGCUCCACAGAGGGUGCUCCUCGAGGCAGCGGCGCGCCAGCAAAAGCCGAAGGAUCCAGAGCCACCCACCGAUCCCGCCCAACGGCAGGAGGAGCUGAAGAAGUUUGGUAUUCACUUCGACGAUGACUAUGAUUACAUGCAGCAUCUGAAGAAACGUGAAAACGACGUGGUUUGGGAGUUCAUGGAGAAUCCCAAUCAAGCGAGAAAGCAGAAAGUCCAGGAUAGUGAGAAACCGGGCCCUGCGCCCAAGCUUAUGCUGCCCAGCUCGGUGUUCGCUAGCGAGUUUGAGGAAUCCGAGGGCAUGCUAAACAAGGCGGCUCCUCAAACCUUGCGUCUCGACUGGGAUCCCGAUGUGGUCGCCGCCCUGGACAGCGAUUGUGAGAACGAAGAGCUGGAAGAUGACUUCGUAAUCCAGGCCAUGGCCGAGGGCGACUCCGACGACGAGGAAUGGGAUGACGAAGAUGGGGAGGAGCAAUCUGACAUGGACUUCGAUUCCGAUGACCUAAACGAGGAUGAAAAUGAGGACGAACUAAUGGACCGUUUGGCACCCCUGAUGCGCGAACGUCGCUUUGACGACGAAGAGGUCAAGUCGCGCUUCACCGAGUACUCCAUGUCCUCCAGCGUAAUUCGGCGCAAUGAGCAGCUGUCCCUAUUGGACGAUCGCUUCGAGAAGUUUUACGCCACAUACGAUGAUCCGGAACUGGGCGACUUGGCUCUCGAGGACAUCGAGGGCAACUGGCACCAGAAACAUCCCGUUGUGAUGCAGUGCUUCCAGGAGUUCAAGAAAAAGGACAAGGGCAUCGAGUAUAACAAGGAGUGGGAUCGCGAGCGUAUCGAAAAGUACCGAAAUGUGGUCGAGGGUGAGGAAGAUCCCACAGAGGAGUUGGUGGAAUAUGAGGUCGACGACCCUAAGCAGAAGAAGUGGGACUGCGAGUCUAUCCUGUCCACCUACUCGAAUAUCUACAAUCACCCGAAGGUGAUCGACGAGCCGCGACGCAGUCGUCGCUCCAGUGCCAGCACAAAUCCAGCUCCCAUUCAGAUCGACCCGAAGACAGGCCUGCCCACGAAUGUCCUGCGUGGUGGGGUCGAUGGCCAACUGACAGCCAAGGCGCUUGCUAAUUUGGCCGAUGAAUCACCCGCUGCCACUGGGCCGAAGUCACUGUGCGCCAAAUCGGUGCUCUCCACAUUAAGCGUUCUGUCCAUUAGACCCAAGGACGAGACCCACGAAGAGAAAAAGGAGCGGAAGCGCCUGCUGAAGGACUAUCGCAACGAGCGUCGCAUCGAAAAGAAGGCCAACACGGAGGCCUUCAAGGAGGAAAAGAAGCGGCAGACGCACGUGAAGAUCAACCAGCGAACCAACCAACAGGGAGCCUCCAUUGUCUAGCUUAAGUUUCCGGCUCUGUUCUCUAGGCUUAAAUGUGAAAUGUAUACACAGCGGCGUAUAUGUUAAGUGAUAUCUAUAAACGAACGAUUGGAUAAACGACAAACUGUUGCCGUGAUUGCGGGCAUAGUUCACCCGAAUUCAAUGCACUAGCAUAAGGAGUUGGAGACGGCACGGGAUGUCGCCUUCCUUUGGCGUCAUCGUCGGUUGCCAGUUGUCAGUCGUCCAUUAAUCAAAGUGGCUGACUGUGCCGCACGCGCCGAGGCUAUAAACCGCAACAACAAUGCCACAUCGCGAUACCCUGGAAAAGAACUCCGCGAAUGUCCUGCGUGGCGGCAAUUAGCCCUAACUGACUUACUGACUGGGGCUGGCUGACAACAAGUUUAGUCUAGCGAUUUGCGAGCUGCUAAAUAGCUCGACGGGCGGACAUAAAGCGAAAUCCACAGCGAGACAAUCGAAUUGAAGCGAAAAUAAAAUAAACUCCAAUUCAUUGUCAGUUGGCGAACAGCAGCAAUGCCAACAACAAGAAUGCUAUAACAAAG